AGAAAAAGAGCUCCACCGGUUCUUUUUUCGUCUCUCACAGUCUUUGGAAGUGAGAACGGUACAGCGAAAGCUCGAAACUCUGCUCUGGCCUUCAGGCUUCGGUCUCGUAGUUCUCUCACCGGCGGCGAUCUCUCCAUCACCUAAUGGCUCCCGCUGGCCCCCGAUCCGGCGACGCAAUCUUCGCUAGCGUCGAGCGCGUGAAUGCGGAGCUGUUCACGCUUACGUAUGGCGCGAUUGUGAGGCAGUUGCUGACAGAUUUGGAGGAGGUUGAUGAGGUCAACAAGCAGCUGGACCAAAUGGGCUAUAACAUUGGGAUUCGGCUUGUUGAUGAGUUCCUGGCGAAAUCUAAUGUCUCUAGAUGUGUGGACUUCAAGGAGACUGCUGAAGUAAUUGCAAAGGUGGGUUUUAAGAUGUUCCUUGGAGUUGGUGCUUCUGUAACCAACUGGGAUGCUGAAGGGACAUGCUGCAGCAUCGUUUUGGAAGAUAAUCCUCUGGUGGACUUUGUCGAACUUCCUGAUACUUGUCAAGGCCUUUACUACUGCAACGUUUUGAGUGGAGUCAUCAGAGGAGCCCUAGAAAUGGUAUCCAUGAAAACGGAAGUCACAUGGCUUCGCGAUGUGCUCCGGGGAGACGACGUGUUUGAAUUGCAGGUUAAACUUAUAAAGCAAGUUCCAGAAGAGUACCCAUACAAGGAUGAUGAGUAAACAUCCUUGCUUGCCCCUCCCUGGCUGUUUAUACACUUAUAAUAUCCUCUUUUCCCCGUGUUUUUUUAUCCUGGAAGGAGGAAUUUCUCUGUUAAUGUUGAAAAUCUUCUGCAUCUCCGAGGCUACAACUUCUUGUACCUGGAUUAGAUCACACUAGAUGACUGUGUAAGCUUGUUUAGCAGUUGAUUGAGCAUUUCUUAAAUAUUUCCAUGUGAUGCCUGUAGCGGAGUAGCCUAUUUUGGAUUGUUACCCUACUCGAUGGCAAGAUUCGGUUCAAUUAGAUUGGAAUCGUCUUUUGGAUCAAUCCGAAUGGCAACAGGAUCGGACUAAAU